AUGGACGAAGACGACCUAGAUGCGGCCCGUCCGCCCUAUAUCCAUGCAAUGCUUGCUGGAGGUCUUGGAGGCUUGAUGGGCGAUAUGCUCAUGCACUCACUCGACACAGUCAAGACGAGGCAACAGGGCGACCCUCACAUGCCGCCAAAAUACACUUCCAUGGGUCUGACAUACCGCACCAUAUGGCGCCAGGAAGGUCUGGUACGAGGUCUCUAUGGAGGCGUGACGCCUGCCUUUCUUGGAUCCUUUACUGGUACCAUGACCUUCUUCGGUGCCUACGAGUAUUCUAAGCGCGCCAUGAUCGACUGGGGCGUCAACCCCUCUGUCGCAUACUUCACCUCUGGCUUCUUCGCCGAUCUCGCCGCCUCCCCCUGGUAUGUUCCUUCCGAGGUGCUCAAGACCAGGUUGCAAUUACAGGGCCGACACAACAACCCAUACUUCUACAGCGGCUACAACUAUCAUGGCACAUGGGACGCUUUCAGAACAAUCAUUCGUGUCGAAGGUUGGAGAGAAAUGUUCUCCGGCUACUCGGCCACACUGGCACGCGACCUGCCCUUUUCCGCUCUGCAAUUCGCCUUCUACGAGCAAGAACAAAGGAUUGCUAAAGCUUGGAUGGGAAGCAAAGAUAUCGGUCUUCCGUUAGAGAUCUUUACUGGUGCCAGCGCUGGAGGAAUGGCUGGUGUCAUCACAUGUCCACUUGAUGUGGUCAAGACGCGCAUUCAGACUCAACUGGAUCCCGAGUUUGCGCACAAACCUGCAUCGCAGCCUUCGAAAACCGGUCCUGCUGUCAGCCCGUCUAGUUCAACGCAUAGACCCACUGGACAAGCACAUUCGAUACAAGACGCCAAACGACCCAUCUCGACAGGAGGGCCCUCGACCGCCUUGAAGAAUCACAGCGCCAUCGCUCUCGAGACCGAGAAUGUUAUUGCGGGCUUGAAGGUGAUAUACAAACACGAGGGUCUUGCUGGACUUUUCAGAGGCGUUGGUCCACGCUUCGUAUGGACAAGUGUACAAAGCGGGACCAUGCUUGUCAUGUAUCAGCAGCUCCUCAAAUAUUUCGAGCUACAUCCACUUUUCGAAGCCGAUGACGACGAAUCGACCUUGUCGUGA